AUGCUCCCUCACAAGGCGCGAUGUUGCAAUCCGGCCGCCGCCGCCUCCGGUUUCCGGGAAGGGCCGGUUCGCAGGGCCCCCAGCGGCGCUCGGGGCGGGGCUCUCCCUCCUCGUCCAGCGCCCAGCCCGGGAUUCGGGACGCGAACGAGCCCCCGCGGCCAGUCACGCCGCCCAGCCUGGCCGGACUGGAAGCGCCCAGAAGCCGGGGGGGGGGGGACGCGGAGGGGCUCAGAGCAGCCCAGCCUCGCCGGCCCUUUCCGGGAGCCGCGCCCGUCCUUUCCUGCGAAGCCCGAGUCGGCCGCGAGGCUGCAAAGCGGGCGGCCGAACAGCAGCUGCCGGGCGGGGGCGGGGAGGCGAGUGGAAAAAGCCACUGGGGGAUUCUGGGAGUUGAAGUCCAUCCAGCGGGAAGUUGCCAAGUUUGAGAAACUGAGUCCAGAAAAGCGGGAGGCAGAAGCCGGAGCGUCUCCGGGAGAGGAGCGGGCCGUCCCGGGCUCGGUAUCCUCGUCCAGCAGCCGCAUCCCCGUCCGGGGAGGACGUCAGUUACUCGGGGGGCGGGGAGGGCUGGCUUCCUCCGGGGACCACCGGGGUCGCCCCUGCAAAAUAUUGCAAAAGGGAAGCGGGGCUUUCUCGCGAAUGAGGUCACUAAGCGCAGCGCAGCGGUCGCAGAACGCGGACAUCCCGCAGCAGCGGAAUCCUGGGAGAGGCGGGCACAGGGACCCGGCGGUAUCCGAAAAAAAGCCCCGCCCGUCAUCAAAGGAGAGGCCGGAAUACAUCAGCCAGGCCAUUGGCCAGAAGCUGUCCAAUCGCAAAGCCGGAGAGUCCGCCAACCAAUGAAGGCGCCGCGGACGGA